GGCGGCUGUGCCCACUAAGUACAACAAAAAGUACAUAAGGAAGCCUAUAUAAACGCCGUGCGGGUUGCUGCAGUCCAUCUUAUCAUUUCCCCUCCACUGUACUCCCAAAAUGUCCUCUAAUUUCGAAAACAUCACUGUCAAUGACCUUACAGGAAGGAUUUCCAAGACGGUGCAAAUCGCCAAUGGACAAACCGGAGAGGUAUGGAAGGGCACCUACACAGUAGGAGGUCAACAAGAAAUUGUAGCCAUGAAGGCCAUGAGAUCGACGUUAUUUGGCGACAGUGUAGAUGCAGAAAAAACAAUGCGGAGGCUCUUGCGAGAAGUGAAAGUAUGGAGUACAUGUGUUCAUCCUCACUUGGCCUUGUUUAUUGGCAUAUGUUACGAGACUAUCCGAGAAUAUCGAGUCCCCUGUUUGAUAUCUCCGUUCUACGAGAACGGAACCAUCAAGCAGUACCUAAGACACAAUUCAGAUGCUGUGCCGAUGAACUUGUUUCGCCAAAUUUUAUCUGCAUUGGCUUAUCUACAUGAUCGUGAUGAGGCUAUUGUUCACGGGGACCUCAAACCUACAAAUAUUCUCAUCGACGAUGCAGGCAAUGCGGUGUUAGCAGACUUUGGACAUUCUCGAAUCCUUGGGAUUUCUGGGUUCACGACAAACAGAAGCACCGUAGCUGGCACGUCCCGCUAUAUGGCGCCGGAGUUGAUGGUACCUGAGAAUGACGAGAUAACGCCAACGCCAACAAAAGCAUCAGAUGUAUGGGCAGCAGGGAUGACGGGCCUAGAGAUUCUCUCUGGCAAGAUCCCGUAUGUGGAAAUCGGGGACAAACAAAUACCCAUGACUAUUGCGGACAAUAAAUUACCCAACAAGGCACAAUACUACCCUCCCGUUCCCUCCGGUGCAUGGUCUGCGUUUUUAAAAUGUUGGGAAAUGAACCCGAGUGAACGACCACCUGUGCAGCGAUUGAGCGAUUACUUUGAUAAAAACUAUGGACCUGACUCAAUCAGACCUACUAGAACUCGCGGUUAAACUGUAGAUAUAAAUAUUUGUUUCUUGUGUCUUGUUACAUCUGCACCUUAUGGACAAAUUACUUGUUGGUGUUGACACGGGCUACUCUGACUACAUAGUAUUAUGUAGUCAGGUGGCAUUUUCCUGAUGGAAGCAUGCGCAUGGUGAACGUAGCCUGUAGCAGAUAAAGGAGCGGGCGAAUAUUUGACAAUGAGGCUGACGAGGUCCGUCCAGGACACUGGUGAUCGUCAGUUAGUGUGAGCAAACAGAAAAACU